AUGUCUCUGUCUAAGGCGCUAUCCAGAGCUCAGCUGCAAGCUGUACUGCAGAAGGUGCAGAAGCUGUACCCUGUAGCCUACGCUGACAGCGCGUGGGACAAUACCGGGCUGUUGAUAGACUGCACAGUGGAGUCGUCGGCCGCGAAGCCGCGCCUGCUGCUCGCGGUGGACCUGACGGCAGCGGUCGCACGCGAGGCGAUUGAGAAGGAGUGCAACAUGAUCCUGGCGUACCAUCCGUUCAUCUUUCCCAGCUGGAAGAAGCUGGACCCGUGGGCAAAUUCGCAGCACCGGUCUGCAGUGCAGCUGAUCCAGCAUGGGAUCAGCGUGUACUGCCCGCACACCGCCGUGGACGCGGCGAAAGGCGGCGUUAACGACUGGCUGGUGCAGACGCUGCAGGGCGAGGUCGAGACAUGCACGGCAAUUGAGCGUGUGACGCCAUUGCAGGGAGAGGAAGAACACGAGGUCGGGUAUGGCCGUCUCGUGCACUUCAGAGAGCCGCUAUCGCUUGCCCAAAUUGUGCAGCAUGUCAAGAGAGCGCUGGGCGUUGCCCACGUCCAGAUUUCCACCGCCAAGGCGCCCGAAGAUCAUCUCAUCCAAAACGUGGCCCUGUGCGCGGGCAGUGGGUCGGGUGUCUUCAAGGGCGUGUCGCCCGGCGACGUAGACCUGUAUUACACUGGUGAACUCUCUCAUCACGAGAUCUUGCGCUACCGCGAGGCCGGCAAGGCGGUGAUUGUGUGCAACCACUCGAAUACCGAACGCGGCUACCUGAGAGAUGUUAUGUACAAACAUAUCCAAGAGCUUGGCGUAGAAUGCCAUGUGAGUGCUGCCGACGUGGAUCCGCUCCAAGUUAUGUAA